UUUAUCUCAUUCUUUAACCGCUCUUCUCCCUGCCUGCCAUGUUGCUUUCAUCUUCAGGUGGUCCAACUUUUCCUUGAGUGGAUAACACCUGUGUGUUUCCAGGUUGUUGCCUUGAGUUUGUGCCCCCUCUGUUCCCCGUCCUUUCCUUUUUACGGGUGAUAUAUACAUACGUCAGAAUACAUUCAAUAAAAUCUGUUACAACAUUUUUUAUUUAUUGUCCUUUCAUGUUCACUCAUAAGAUGGAUAAUAAGAGUUUAACAUAGAUUAAGGUUUGUUUCACUCUCUUAUCUCAAUUAUAUGCAUCUAUUAUUUUUACAAGAUAUUAUGAUGGAUGCAAGAGGAAUCAACGAACCCGGUUGGGAUUGAAAAAUUAUUGGUUUAUAUAUAGUAUCUAAAAUUUUACAUUAAUCCUUUUUCAAUUUCAUUAUGUCGUAUUAAGCUAUUUGUAUUUUAGGUUUGCUCGACUUUGACUCCAAAAAUUUUAUUUCUAGAUCCACCGCCAUCGCCAUGUCAUACUUUUUUAUUAUCAUUUGUAAAAAAAUCUCUAAAUCUUGUCUAGAUUUAGUUUCCCAACAUAACUCACUAAGAACCAACUAAAAGCUCAGUUCUAAUAGAAAAAGUCCUGAAAGUGAAGCCUCAAAGAUUCUCACUUGAACUUGUUGGAUUUUUCAAAUGGAGGAUUUGAAGUCAGCAACAGACUCAUGGCCUGAAUUUACCCUUGCUGAGAUUAGGGAAUUGGAGCGUACAUAUAAGGAGCUAGGCGAAGCAUCAUUGAGUAAGGAGUUUUGUCAAGUGCUUGCAACCAGUUUAAGUUUUGCAGCAAGUCAUGCUGGGAGACCUGCCAUCCCUUGGCAACAGGUGCAAAGUUGGUUCCUGGAUAAGCUGAAAGGCUCGCGAACUAAAGUCCAAUCAUCUUCGUCUAAAACCUGCGAAUCCUUUGUUAAUCUUUCACGAGAAAGUUUUCCAACUGUUGAACCUGAGACUUCACAAAAACCUAAAGGUAACCGGAUCGCAGAACUAAAUGAAUGCCAAUUUGAAGCUAAAUCAUCAAAAGACUCUGCUUGGUAUGAUGUUGCUUCAUUCCUCAACCACAGAGUUACAUACGCCGGUGAACUUGAAGUACGUGUACGAUUUGCUGGGUUUGACAAUGCAGAAGAUGAAUGGGUGAAUGUAAAAGAGGGUGUUCGUGAGCGAUCUAUUCCUUUAGAACCUUCUGAGUGUCACAAGGUCAAUGUUGGAGACCUUGUGCUCUGCUACCAGGAAAGGGAAGAUCAAGCCGUCUACUGUGAUGCCUAUGUUCUAGAAAUCAAGAGGUGGCUACAUGAUACAGAACAGUGCCGGUGCAUCUUUUUGGUUCGCUACAGCCAUGACGACACUGAGGUUAUUUAACAGAACUAUCAGUUCACGAAAAUGUUGAUUUGGAGAGGCUGUGCUGCAGGCGGAAACAUUAAAAUCUGAGGCAACCUUACAUAUUUGAAUUCAAGCAGUUAAAAGUGAAGAUCAAGUAUUCACCUCUUUCAAACACUGAUGAAAGGCACUGAAUUUUUUGAGUCCAGGUGAUCAUUUAGGUCUAUUUCAUUACUGAUUGGAUACUGUUUCUAGCUUGAAACAAUCAUGGUAUUCUGAAACAAGAACACCGAUAACCAACUUCUUUGCAAAUCAUAACCUACAAAAGCUCUUAUUGUUCA